CCGUGUACAUGCACAAUAUGCGCUGUUGUGCUCUUUAAACUUCCUGACAUUUGGUGAUCAAAUUGUACAGCCUAUUGCGUAGUAUCAGAAUUUCUAGUUUCACGUCCUCUGUUAAAACAGUCACUUCACUUAGAACGAUGGAGCAGGCAUCGUCCACCAAGGUGAAAUACCCACCGGAAGAGGUUGAUCCAUUAGAAAUGCUGUCUAAAAAUCAGCACAAGAUUGGACAUGCUGUGGAGGACGUAAUAGAUGCUGCCGGAAACGUCAUUACCUCUGAAACAAGGAAACACAAAUUUGGUCCUCUUCUAAGCAAUUUUGACACUGGUAACCUGAUACAGUUCGUAUCUAAAGCCAGUGGGCGUUCCCUAAGGAUUGUGCAGGCACGGUCCGGCAAACUCGUGGUGGACGGCAGGGGGGAUAUUGGGGAACAUGCAUGGAACGCUGUGUGGACGAUUAUCAAUGAAGGACAUAACCAAAUCCGAAUCCACAACAAUUUUAACUUCCUGUCUGUAGUAAAAGGACAAUGUACUAUUGUUCAUGUGCCCCCGGGAUCUGAACAUGACGGUCUAGACACCAAACUCCUGCUGGUGUUGGACCCAGAGAGUUUUGUGGCCUUGGAGUCGGUUAGGGAACCGGAGAAAUGUGUUGGGAUUCAGGACAACGGCUCUCUAAAGCCACCCGAGAAUUGCACGUCUUCCGAUGACCAUGCAAUGUUUGGAGUACAUCUUAUAAAGAAAUCAUGAUUUCAAAGAGUAAGACCGACCUUGUGUGAAGAGUCCACGCCAGAGACUUCAUUAGUGUGUAGUCUUAACAUUGAUAAAUAUCCUGUCAUUCCAAUGACUAUUGUUUUUGUAAGUCAAAUUGUGUUCCUUAAAAUCUUGUUAUAUGUGUAGGGAGAGGGCCUAGAUUCUCAAUAAAAUAUGUUCAAAUCAAAUAUUAUAUGUGUUAUACAUUUUUAAAUCUCAGACGCUUUUAAAAUCAUUAUA